GCACGCUUGGGUCAUUUUUUUCAAUUUGUUAAUUUUUGUUAGAUAAACAAAGCAAAUGAGUAUUAAAUAUAAUAAUUAAUAUGUGUAUUAACAAUGCAUAAAGAAGUAUUUUUUUUCAAGGGCAAAGUUGAGAAAAACUAAUUGACUUACAGAAAUUAGCCACGAGUUGUUGUCUUCUUCACUUGGAUUAUAUUGUUAAAUUUCCAAUAACGAUUGUCAUUGUUGAUUGCAUUGCUUAAUUGCUGGUCACAAUUUUGUUUAUAAACACUUGUACGGACAUAAAAUAUAUAUAAUUUCCUAUAAAAAUGUCAAAUGAAGAUGGAAGCGAAGAUCGGCUUACAAAGAAUGAAUUUGCUGAAUUGAUUCAGCAUUUAUCGGCGCAAGAAAUUCUCACAGUAGAAUAUCGUAUUGGUACAAAUUGGAGUAAAUUGUUUUCGCGUAAAAAUGCUUCGGCACAGACAUUUUAUUGUAAUCUAUGUGUUCUUGAGGUGAGUUCAUUUAAAAAUUUGCUUGCGCAUAUCGAUGGUAGAAAACAUAAACUGCAAAUGAAAAGAGUAAAACUAUUGUAUCAUCCUGAUUAUACUUAUCCUAAAAAUAAUAAGAAAGAAUUGGUUGUGGAAUCUGUGACAAAAAAGUCAGAAAAUGCUUCAGCAAGUUCUAUACCCAAGCCUGUGGCAAAUAUUUCAUUGCAGCCAACAGUUGUAGAAAAUGUAAAAUCGGAAAAUAAAAUGUUGCAAAAUAAUGCAAAAAACAAAACGCCUCUUAUCAAGCAAGGAAAUAAUUUAGAAAGUAAUAAAUCAGUUGGAAAAUCUACAAUUAAUAAUCAGGAUACAAUAAAUGAUUCUUUGAAGAUAACAUCAAAUGACAUUAUCAAACAAAGCGAACAAGUUAAAGGGGAUGCAAGUAGAGAAAACGAAAAGCUAGAUGAAAGUAAAUCUUCAUUUCAGCUAACAAACUCUAAUAAAAGUAAUCAGGAGGAAUUGAAAGAUGAAAUUGAAAUAGAAAAGAGGCCAGAUACCGAUAAAAAUAAAUCUUCGAAAGUUACAGUUACUGAUGAGGGCACAAUGAAGAUGUCCCCAGUUGCUGCAAGAAAAAGAUUAUUAUCGGAUAAUAAAACGGCAGGUGAAGUGGAGGUAAAAAAAGCAAAGAUUGUAAUUAUUCCAGCAGCUGCAUUAUCCCCAAAAUCAAGUUCGAUUAAGUCAAAUGAAGGCAAUGAUGAGAAGAUCAAAGAAAAGCCCCAAUACCAGACGGAUAAAAUUAUAAUACCAACCGUACAUAAAAGUAAACCACAUAAUGAUAAGGUUGUGUCGCCGUCAACAUCUGAGACACCUGCUAAUCUGCCGAAGUUUUUGGUUAAAUCAUACAGUUCGAAACCGAGUGAUAACGAUGUUCAUGGAAUAUUAGGUGUGGAAUAUGUUAUUAAAAUUCUUAAAAGUCGUCAUGACAUUUCCCCUCGUUAUGAAUGCGGAUUAUGUGAACUUGUAUUUGAUGGAUUUGCCAUGCAACGGCAUCUAGAAGGGUACAAUCACCGAUUGAAAUUUUGCGAAAAACAUUUUCCAACAGCAAUACGUCAUUAUCGGCAGUAUAUGCAAAGUGUCCCAGAGCAUGAGUUAUUUAAAGUAAUGACACCUGUACUCGCAAAACUAGCGCUAGCAAUCGAACAACAUCAUGGCAGAAAUUUACCAUACGAAUGUUAUGAACGAGAUUUUACUCUGAAUCGCCACGAAAUACUUGCAAAAGCAUUUUCAUGUCGGCAUGCUUCAGAACAGUAUGGCCCGACAUUUACCCAUGUAGUUGGAUCAAAAGAAAUCGAUGAAUUUAUCAAUAAUAAGCACCAAUAUUUUCCACCUACCACUUCAAGAACUCCUAUAUUUGAUAUGAAGCCUGGAUGUACCAGUAGCAAAUCUGAUAUACGUCAACAAAAUUCCAAAACUGCUGACAAAGAAUUUAAUUCACGUCAUCGACAUGCAGGUCGUGAAAAUGCGAAUUCGGGUGUAUUAUCAAGACAUGUAGACACUACAUAUAAAUCAUACAUGUCAUCUGGCUUAUAUGAGAACAUGUACCCUCCUACAAAUAUUUACAGCCAAAAAGAUAACAGAAAUGUUACUCAACAUGUCGAUGAUGAGACAUACAAUAUCAUGGUAGACGAUUUCCUUAAGGGAACUUUAAAGGGAAUUUCAGGAAGUGGUAGAUUACGUGAUCAUCGCAAACGUUCUCCAUCUCCUUUUUAUAAUUUGAGCUCUGGAAAACGUAAAUCAUUAUCUCCACUACGGCAAAAUGAUAUUUGGCAAGCAUAUCGACACAUGGUUGAUCAGGAGUUACAUAAUCUUGACGAAUGUUUUAAGCAAUAUCGAAAAGACCCCGAAACACAUCCGUCCUACAAUGAUGAAUGGCAAAAGUUUUGGAAACGCCGAAAAGAUGAGUUGGUUUCGGCUGGUCUUGAUCAUCGUAAAUAUAACUAUCAACCCGAGUGGGUAAGAUUUAUAAAAAUUCGCAUAGAAGAAUUUUACGGACAAGAAGUUGAAAACCUAAAGAUAAAGUCUCGGGAACGGCUUUGUCUGCCGCUGACAAAUGAGAACGUACUCGAUGAAAAAUAUCAUGUUCAAGCUCCGAAAAUUAUCUUUUCUAACGAAUCGACAAAUGACGCUUGCAACUUAUCAACUGCCCCAACAUCGUUGACUUCCUCAAAUGACACUACUCCACAGGUUGUGUCAGUAUUGCGUUUAAUGACAGCAUUAGAGGAUAGUUUGGGAAGCUUAGGACCUAAAAUCAUAGAUCUGUUGUCAAAGGGUUUACAAGCUGAAAAAACGAAUCCUUCUCUUGUCAAUGCUAUAAUACUUAAUGAUGAGAACUGUGCGGUAAUUGAAACAGCCAAAGAAAAGUUCAAGGGAUUAGUUAUCACUGGGCUUUUCGAAGGAUCAAAGAAGAGAGUUUUAAAACAGGUAGUCAACGAUGCAGAUACACUUCUUAAGUAUGCGUAUCAGUUUCGACAGCUGUUGGCAUCUCAACGUUCUUCGGUUGAUACAUCAAUAAAUCGAACGCAAAACCAUCAAUCCUUUUUACUCGACUCCGCAUCCGUCAAUGUCUCCGAUACACUUAAAAAUCAACAAAGUCAAGCUCAAAAUACAAAUCCUUUGACAAGAAAAGCUAAAUCAUCGUUAUCCACAACUGAAAACUUGUUAACACGUGUGGACAAGAAAGAAUUAGCAUCCAAAUUAGCUGCUUCACUCGUAGCUCAGGGAAAAACUGACUUUGAUCCACAACAAUUACAACAGCUUAUUGCAGUUUACAAAUUAAUUGAAAAAAAGAAACGUGAAAACAAAGGUAGUUGUUCCUUACCAGAAUCGACUUCAUCGAGUAAAAAAGCUUUAUCCGAUACCCUCUCAGAUUUACUAAAACCAUCAUCAUCUUCUUCAUUAUAUGAAAUCCCUGAUGGCUCAAAUCAUUCUAGUGCAUCACAAACUGCACACGGAUUACCGAAUCAAACAUUAGUUGGCAGUCAAUUAUCAUCAAAUAUCACUGAUGUAUUUCAACAAAAUAAUUUAAGCAAUACAUCUGCUAUUGGAAACUGCUUCCCAUCAAGCUCCUUUACAAGUGUUUUACAAAAUUCUAGUGACAAUUACUUUAACAAUACAGCGCAAUCAAUGGCCAAUGCAUACGGUGCAAGUGAAGGUGGAGGAGGGAACUUGUCGGAACUACGUAGUGAUUAUGGAUUGUAUUCCACAAACAACCUGCACCCACAUCAACAAAACACCAACAUGAGAGAUGCGUACAACAACCAACAAUACCAGAAUAACAACAGGAUGACGACACAAAACUGGGGUUGGAAUCCAAAUAUGGAAAUGAAUCAAAACUACAAUAUGGGUGGACCUAAUAAUAAUUAUAAUCAAAACUCCAAUUGGCAAAAUUUUUAACUUGCACCUGUAAUAUAUCUGCAAAAUUUUGAUCAAAUAGUUUUGUAAUUAAAAAAUUAAUUACAUACAAAAAGCAUUACAUAUAAAUAUAUAUUUGUUCAAAUUACAAUGCCGUACGCUUUUUUCUUAAAAACAUAAUAUGUACUAUUUUAUAAUUAAGUACUUUAUUCAUACAUAAUUGGACAAUUCAAUAAUUACAUUAUAUAUGUACGUACAGUGUCUUACCAUAAGUUUGUAAAUUUUGCCAUAGUUUAAAAAAAGAAUCGAUAUUUGUAGGUUUUUUUUAAACUUUUAUAAGUUCAUUUGCAUUAUUGUUUAAACAAUUUUAAAGAUUCAUAUUACAUUUUUUUAAACUUAAAAAAUAUCUUCGUUACACUAUUUUCUAACAUAUUUGAACCAUGGAAAUGUUUCCCAUUUGUGCAAAUGUGCGCCUCGUGAUUCAUUAAAUGCACAAUAAAAAAGUUCAAGUUUACGAAUCCAAUUGUCGGGCAAAUUUAUCAUAAAUUUUCAUAAAAUUUUUUACAUUUCAUAGAUUGCUCAUUUUCCGAGGCAUUUAAGAGUUUACAUGAAAAUAAAUUUAUAAAAUUCCUUCAAAAAUUCUAUAGAAAAUCAUGAUUUUUCUGACUAAUAAAAAAAAUUUAUAAACUUUUGUAGGACAGUGUAUUUUUAGAUAUAUUAAUAUUCUCAAUCUCUGUUUUAAAUAAUAUGUAUAUUAGAAUAAAACAAAAAAUUAGGCACUAUAUCUUCAUUACUUGGUGGACAAUAGUGUACUGAUAAAUAAAACAGUGUAUUCGGUUAAUUUUGAGAAAAGGAUAUUUCGCAUUCGUAUCAUUUACUGAAACCAUCCUUCCAAGUUUUUUAUAAACGAUAUACUUGUGAGAUUAUGGAAAUUGUUGUUGUAAAAAUGAAAGAAUAUAAACAUUUUGCAUCACAGUUUUCAUGCACUGCAAGUUACGGAUAGGACCGUUUUGAUAUUUGAAUACAAAUGUAGAAAGUUAUACAUAUCUCUAAUCAUUUUCAUGCUAUUGUCAUAUGAUAAAAUUAAAAUUAUUUGUAAAUCAAUAAGGUUAUCGACACUAUAAUUCACUAUAAUAUAAUAGUGACUAUAUUCACUGCUAAUUAAUUUUCCAUAGAAAUACGAAUACCAUUAUUAUUGAAUUGAUCCAAUUAUUGAUUCAUUAACUAAUAAGAUUGAAUGUAAUUUAAUAUUCGCGUUCCUCAUAUUUAAACCUAUUAUAGUAAAUGGGUUAAAAAUUAACGAAACCCCCGAUAUCUGGUUAAAUGUUAAAAGUGGUGAGCGAAAGUACAUUAAUAUUAUGCAUAAACAAAAUAUUUUGGAUGAAUAUGUGGGUAUGUAAUUUAAAAAAAAGUGUUCUGAUUUUGUUAUAUCAUGCCUUUUAAGGUUUCAUUGCGCGGAGAUUUAUUAAAUUCGGAGAUGACAAUGAUUUGUAAAUAAUACCCCACAAAUUAACACUUCCAACUUCAUAAUCUUUAAACGGAUCCCAGUAAAUCACAAAUUGUAACACAAAUUUUUCUAGCAGACUGCAUAUUUCAUUGUGAGUGUUAAAAAAAGUUAAAAUUGUUUUUCUGGAAAAUUUGUUUAUUUUUUCACUCGCUCUAAUGCAUUUCUGAUGCGUUCUAAUAGUGUCAAAAUAAUGCUCAUUUCCCUACAUUUUCUUGUGGAAUUGUAUAGUAUAAAUUUUGCUCAAAAUCAGUGGUUUCAGUUACAGAAAUGCAGCAGGAGUUGGAAUGAAAAAAAGAAAUACACUAUUGCGAUCAGUGAUGGUUAUAAAUAGGCAUGAUAUCACAAAAUCAAUUUUUUUUAAAUGAAGGCUAAUAUAUAUGUAUUUAGUUUUUCAACUCAUAAAAUUAAUUCUGAAAUAUAACAUAAUUUCCAUUAUGUAUGUAUAUGAAAUAAAUGUAUUCACCAAUAGUUAGAUACAAUAUUAUCAUAUGUUUUUGAUUAUGUUUUGUUUAUGCGGUCCACAUUCGCUCUUCAAGAACAGGUUUGAAAGAAUAUAAAAUAAUAAAUUCGUUCGGUAAAAAUAAUUGCCAUUAUUUUACAUUCAAUCCAUAUUUAAAUUAAUGUAAUUAUAAUUAAAAACUUAUACUUAAUAAAUCUGCGGAUAUUGAAUAAAUAGAUUUUUUUAAAAA